GCGGUGAUGGCGCUGAGCGGGGUCGGGAGGGCGGCGUGGGGCAGGUGGGCGCGUCCCCUGAGCUGCGCAGUGUCACCAGCGGGGACAGGUGUCAGAGGUGACAGAGGUGUCCCAGGUGUCAGAGGUGUCACAGGUUUCGGAGGUGUCACAAGGUACAGAGGUCACACAGUUGACACAGGUGUCACAGGUUACAGAGGUUACAGAAGUGGCACAGGUUACAGAGGUGUCACAGGUGUCACACGUGGCAGAGAUCACACAAGUGACACAGGUUACAGAGAUGGCACAGGUGACAGAGGUGGCACAGGUGGCCCAGGUCACAGAGGUGACACAGGUGGCCCAGGUGUUAGAGGCAGCACAUCUUACAGAGAUUACAGAGGUGACACAGGUGCCACAGAUGACAGAGAUCACACAGGUUACAGAAGCAGCAUAGGUGGCCCAGGUGACAGAGGUGACACAGGUGGCCCAAGCAGUACAGGUUACAGAGGUAGCCCAGGUGACACAGGUUACAGAGGUCACACAGGUGGUGCAGAUGGCCCAGGUGACACAGGUGACAGAGAUCAUGGAGGUUACAGAGGCAGCAUAGGUGGCACAGGUGACACAGGUCACCCAGGUGGCGCAGGUUACAGAGGUGGCCCAAGCAGCACGGGUUACAGAGGUCACAGAGGUGACACAGGUGGCCCAGGUCUCCCAGGUGGCCCGGGUGACACAGGUGGCACAGGUUACACAGAUGACACAGGUUACAGAGGUUACAGAGGCAGCAUAGGUGGCCCAGGUGGCACAGGUUACAGAGGUCACACAGGUGACACAGGUGACAGAGGUGUCCCAGGUGAUACAGGUAGCCCAGGUGGCACAGGUGACAGAGGUGGCACAGGUUACAGAGAUCACACACGUGGCCCAGGUGGCACAGGUGACAGAGGUCACGCAGGUAGCCCAGGUGGCACAGGUGACAGAGGUGGCCCAGGUGGCCCGGAUGACACAAGUGGCGCAGGUUACAGAGGUUACAGAGGUCACACAGGUGACACAGGUGGCAGAGGUCACACAGGUAGCACAGGUGACACAGGUGGCCCAGGUGACAGAGGCCCCCCAGGUGACACAGGUCACACAGGUUACAGAGGUGGCCCAAGCAGCACAGGUUACAGAGGUCACAGAGGUGGCCCAGGUGACAGAGGUGACAGAGGCCCCCCAGGUGUCACAGGUUACAGAGGUGACACAGGUUACAGACAUGACACAGGUGACACAGGUGACAGAGGCCCCCCUGUUGACACAGGUGUCAGAGGUGACAGAGGCCCCCCAGGUGACAGAAGCCCCCCAGGUGACACAGGUCACACAGGUGACACAGGUGACAGAGGUCACAGAGGUUACAGAGGCCCCCCAGGUCACACAGGCCCCCCCGGUGACACAGGUCACACAGGUGACAGAGGUGACAGAGGUGCCCUAGGUGACACAAGUUACAGAGGUGACAGAGGUCACACAGGCCCCCCAGGUGACAGAGGCUCCCCAGGUGACACAGGUCACACAGGUCACACAGGCCCCCCAGGUGACACAGGUCACACAGGUUCCCCCGGUGACACAGGUGACAGAGCCCCCCCCGGUGACACCAUCUUCGCGCUGUCCUCGGCCCCGGGCCGCAGUGGCGUCGCUGUGAUCAGGGCCAGCGGCCCCGGCAGCCGCGGGGCCCUGCAGAGCCUGGCUGGGACCCCCCCCCUGCCCCCCCCCCGGCUCCUGGCCCUGCGCAGCAUCCGGGACCCCCACACGGGAGAGACCCUGGACAGGGGCAUGGUGGUCUGGUUCCCAGGACCCCACAGCUUCACGGGGGAGGAUUGUGCUGAGCUGCACGUGCACGGGGGGCCCGCCGUGAUCAGCGGGGUGCUGCAGGCUCUGGCCCGUGUCCCGGGUCUCCGUCCUGCCGAGCCGGGCGAGUUCUCUCUCCGCGCGUUCCGCCGGGGGAAGCUGGACCUGCCCGCGGCCGAGGGGCUGCGGGACCUGAUCGGGGCCGAGACCGCGGCCCAGCGGCGCCAGGCGCUGCGGGAGCUGCGGGGCGAGCUGGGCCAGCUCUACCGGGCCUGGAGCCACGCCCUCACACAGGCUCUGGCGCACCUGGAGGCGUUCAUCGACUUCAGCGAGGAUGACAACGUGGAGGAAGAGGUGCUGGCCCGAGUGCAGGGCGCCGUGCGGGCUCUGGAGCGCCAGAUCCGGGCGCACCUGCGGGACGGGCGCCGGGGGGAGCGGCUGCGGGCCGGGGUCCGCGCCGUCAUCGCGGGACCCCCCAACGUGGGCAAGAGCAGCCUGCUGAACCUGCUGUGCCGCCGCCCUGCCGCCAUCGUGUCGCCGUGGGCGGGCACCACUCGGGACGUGCUGGAGGUGCCGCUGGACAUCGGGGGGUUCCCGCUGCUCCUUGGGGACACCGCGGGGCUGCGACAGGCCACCGACCCCGUGGAGCAGGAGGGGGUGGCACGGGCCCGGGAGCGGCUGAGCCAGGCUGACCUGGUGCUGGCAGUGCUCGAUGUCACCUCGGUGUCCCCCACCCCGGACUCCCUGGGGGCUGCUCUGGCCGCCCUGGAGCCCCCCCCGGACACCCCCUGCGUGCUGGUGCUCAACAAAGCCGACCUGCUGUCCCCAAGUGCCACCUGUGCCCAGGGCCACCCUGUCACCGGGCUGUCCUGCCAGGGCCACCCUGUCACCCUGCUGUCCUGCAAGACGGGGGAGGGGCUGGAGGCGCUGCUGGAGCUGCUGGGGCAGCAGCUGGCGCGGCUGUGCGGGGAUCCCCUCCUGGGCUCUCCCCUGCUGACCCAGAGCAGGCACAGCCGCCACCUCGGGGCGUGCGCGGCGGCGCUGGCGCGCUUCAACCGCGGCGACAACAACGGCGACAGCGGCGACAGUGGGGACCUGGCGGUGGCCGCCGAGCUGCUGCGGGUGGCACGGAGGGAGCUGGGCAGGAUCACCGGGCAGGUGACCCCCGACGAUGUCCUUGAUGUCAUCUUCAGGGAUUUCUGCGUGGGCAAGUGACGCUGGACUGGUGGUGGCACCGCGAUUAAACCUUGGUGGCUUUG